AUGAGGGCCCCUCGAGUGUGUCGGACUCAGCAGGGCCCGGGUCGGGAGGGCUCCGCCCAACGCCAUGGAGGGCCGCUGCCUGGCGGGCGCCGCGGCGGAGGGGCUGGCCGGCUGAGGCCGCGCCGGCCGACGCCGAGCUGCCGGGCCCUGCGGCGGGCGGGCGGGCGGGCGGGCGCGGGGACCCCGGGGCCGCCUACCCGCUCGGCGCCGGUCUGGGCGCCCGGCCCGCCCGCGGCCUCGGAGCUGCCGGCUGAGGGCGCGGCCCCGGCGGGCGGCCGGGGCGGCGGCGCGGUGGGCGGCGUGGCCGAGGUGGGGCGCGUGCGCUGCGGCUGCCCGGGCGGCGCCUGCGGCUGCCGGGGCCUGGCGCUGGGCUGCGUGCUGGCCGCGCUGGGCCUGGCCUCGCUGGCGCUGGCCCGCCGCUCGCUGCAGCACCUGCUGCUCUGGGCCGAGGGCCUGCCGCCGCUGCUGGGCCUGCUGCUCUUCGUGCUGGGCUUCGUGGCGGUGUCGUUCCCCUGCGGCUGGGGCUACAUCGUGCUCAGCGUGGCCGCCGGCUACCUGUACGGCUUCGUGCUGGGCUUGGCGCUCAUGGCCUUGGGCGUCCUGCUGGGCACCGUCGUCGCGCACGUGGUCUGCCGGCGGCUGCUGGCGGCGCGCGUGGCCGCCCGGGUCCGGGGCAGCGAGCGGCUGAGCGCUGUCAUCCGCGUGGUGGAGGGAGCCGGCGGCCUCAAGGUGGUGGCGCUGGCCAGGCUGACCCCCAUCCCGUUCGGGCUGCAGAACGCCGUGUUCUCGAUGACUGAUCUCUCCUUACCCAACUACCUGAUGGCAUCCUCUGCUGGGCUGCUUCCUACCCAGGUCCUGAAUUCCUACCUGGGCACCACCUUGCGGACAAUGGAAGAUGUCAUUGCAGAGCAGACUGUUAGUGGGUAUUUUGUUUUCUGUUUACAGGUUAUUAUAAGUAUAGGCCUCAUGUUUUAUGUAGUCCAUCGAGCGCAAGCGGGACUGAAUGCGGCUAUUGUGGCUUGUGAAAUGGAACUGAAACCCUCCCCGGUGAAGGGCGGUCAGCCAGACGCCAGUGGCUCCUCACACAGCAAGUGGGCCCCGGCGUUCCCCAGAGGCGGAAUCAACAUCGUGUGACCCCCAGUGAGACGCGCGCUUGUCCAGAGCCGGUCAGCUGUCCGAGGCGUGGCGGUCCCCUCGCGGGUGCAGAGACAAGUCCUGACUGUACUACAGCACAAACAAAACUGACUGGUUUUUAAAUGGCACAGCUUUUUUAAGGCAAGGAUUACUCUCUGGAUGUGUGAGUAUCCAUGUAGAUACAAUUUUGGCUGCACCCCUUGACCAUCUGUAUGCCUGCGAAGGCCUGUCAGUCUGCACUUUAGUGUUACUGUUUUCUUUCUGGGUCCUUGUGAACACAGCAGUGACCGAGCAUUUCUCUGGUUCGUCUUUAUUUAUAAAGUCCCUGAACAGCUGUAUGCAUCUUUCCUGUUACAAAGCGCAGUGCAAGUUCGCGGUUUUACAUGUAUAUUAUCGAGGCCCUUUGCUUUGGUAGUCUUUCCAGAAAGGAUAAACAGAUUUUGUUUUGUUUUAUUGUUUUAAGUGGGACCACUUUGCUUCCUUGUUUCUUCCGAGUUAGGAACAUGUGAACUUCGGGCUGAAUGUAUGUUUGCAGGCACUGCGUCACUGCAGGGCAUUCACGCCUGUUCACGGGCUGAGACCCUGGUCCUCGGACUGAAGUGCUCUUACGACACCUUUAUUUCCCUGGGCAGGUGCGGAGCAAGGAAGCUAAUCCCGUCAGUGGCGCUUUGUCCUCGUGGGUCUGCGGUCAGAGGCCUGCUCUGCAGCAGUCUGACUUAGCAUUUCAUUAAACGCGCUUCUCUUUAUACUCAUUAGGCUUUGAUAUAAAAACGUUUUUUCUUUAAAAUGGUGGGCUGACCAUCAUUGAUGUUGUCACUCAGGUGGCCUUAUGUGAUCAAAACGCCUUUAAAAAAAAAAAAAGCUUUAAAAUCAUGUUUAUAAUUCCAUGGAAGUACUUAUAUAUUUGUCCCCAUUGUCUUCAGCUUUAAAACUCUAAAUGCGAUGUUACCUUCAUGCCCAAAUUUGUAUUAUUGUCCCUACUGUCGAGUAGGUUUGUUUUGUUUGUUUCUCAGUCCUUGUUUUUCUCUGAUGAGACUCAGGAAUUCUGAAAUGUGAACUGUAUUUAUUAGCAGCACUUAUGAGUAGGGCGUACAGUAUGUGGCAGAGGCUUUGUGUGACGUGUUCACUUCAUCACCGUAUGUUUUAAUAUAGUUUAAUUGUGAAUUUAAAGAUCAGUUUUUUCCUUUGUUUUUUACCAUCGAGUUUAUAGAUAGGAAUGCAGGCUCUCUGGUCCGUAGCUUGUUUUUGGCAAGAAGUUGUUAGCUUAUCAGAAACUUCCCAUUUGCCUUUCAUCCAGGUGAGACCUUUGCCCUGAUUACUGAAGUGCAAACGGAUUCUGUGGAAGCAGAUUAUUCUAGUCUUACGCUGAGGGGCGUUUGAUGUCAGUGCGUCAAGUAUGAGUGUUUUCCUUUCCUUCAUAUACACACAUUUCUCAACUUGAGUGACCGUGAGGUUCGCUAGGUCCACACCGAAAGACCUCGGCGUGGGCCUGAGUCGACAGCACAGUCGGCCUCCAGAUCCUUUCUCCUCUGUUGGUAGGGAAAAAGGAUGGUAUUGGAAUAUUCUUACUCUUCUGAAUCCUAAUUCCUUGUUUAGUUCUUUGGUUGGUUGGUGUUUGUUUUUUUUUUAAUGAUUUUACAAUGAACCAUUUGUUUGAUUUAUUCUUUUCUGUCUAACUUGAAAACUUUUCUUAUGGCCCUUGUUUAGUUUGUUAAAGGAAUCAUUAAUUUAAGAUCAUUAUUGUCAUACUUGUGUUGUACUUAAUGUACUUUGAAGUGCAUUUAUUACUUAACAUUUUGUAACCUGAAUAAUUUCACCAAAUGAAUACCUUUUGAUAGUUUGUAAUCAGUUCUUCCAGUUGUCGCUUGGUACUUUAGAUAAAUAUGUAAAGGUAAAAGAGAAGUAAUUUUUCUGUAUUCUGCCAAUCAUUUUAUAUAA